AAUAUAUUAAGAAAAUUAUUAAUUUAUAGAAAUCGAAGAAAAUAACUUACUUAGAAAAAUAAAGACGAAAAUUAUAAAACACUAAAAAAAAUACUGGCGAAAAUUUGAAAAAAACCUACGAAUAAAAACAAAUAAAAGAAAUUUAAUUCCUUCCCAGCAUUCUUUUAAGUAAGACGCGCGCGGUUUAGAGAUUCUCCGGAACUCCAAUCCAGAGAAGCAGAAGUAACGGUGGUGGGUUACACAGUUUAGCCAAAUAUAUCUAUCCAGCUACCUCUUCCAUCUUUUUCUACCCUAGCAAUACAAAUGAGUAACGAUAAGUGCUAUAAAUGCAGUAGAACAGGACACUAUGCGCGAGAAUGUCGCAGCACUAUCUCUGGUAUGGGAGGCCGGAGUAAUACCGGCAUGCGAGAUCCGCGAUCUCGAAACAAUACCGGUGAAAAGUGUUACAAGUGCAACCGCUACGGUCAUUUUGCAAGAGAGUGCAAGGUGGAGAUAGACCGUUGUUACAAGUGCAACGAACACGGCCAUAUUGCUAAAGAAUGUAAUAAGGAAAUAGACAGUGAGGGGCCACCGUUUCGUGGCACAGAUGGAACUGGCAACUAUAAGUAUUCUUCGUCAAGAUCAUGUUACAACUGUGGCAAGAGUGGUCACAUCCAGAGGGAGUGCCUGGUGGCCAGCUCAAAACCAUGCUAUCGAUGUGGUGUAGCUGGCCAUAUAGCUCGGGAGUGUUCUGAUGAGCGACGAGAUGACCGCAAGUGCUAUAACUGUGGUAUGACGGGUCACAUCUCCAAGAGCUGUCCAGAAAGUGGCAAGAACUGUUACAAGUGUGGUGAAAGCGAUCACUUGGCCAAGGAGUGUCCUAGUUUAAAUCUAACCCAGUGCUAUACAUGCAGGGGGACAGGCCACUAUGCUAGGGAUUGUAACAACCAGGUGCUCUAAAUAUGCUGUGGAGCCAUACACUCCCCCCUCCGAAGUUUUUUUUUUUAUAUUUUGUUUUGCGUGCUGCUCUUAGAAACCAACCCAUCCCCCCAAAAGAAAGAAGUACCACUACCACCAACCUGUGGUAGAUGUUGAUAAUUGAAACCUGGGGAGUUGCAGCAGUCAAAAUGCCCCCUCUCUUCCCCCCACACAGCAGCCCAGACCAUCCAUGUGUUAGAAGGAAGUGGGUGGCCUUUUUUUUAUGGUGGGGGGGUCUAGGUGUUUUUUUUUUUAAUCCCCCCUCCCUCAAAACAAAUUAUUCCUACUAAAAAGCCAGCAAUUCUUUUUCUUUUGUAGAUUUCGAGCUUUUAUCUUUUUUAUUAUAAAUUUCUUUGAUAGACUAAAUAACUUCACCACUGCUCUCAUCCCUAUUUCUUUGGGGCUUACUACUUACACUAUAAAUUAAUUGCAGAAACACCCUUUGUUCCUUGAAAGUUGUGGGGUAAAUUAAAACACUCCUCUAGCCCGUCCUUGAAAGAUUUUUUUCACUAAAAACCAUGAAUUUAGUAGUAUUUCUGCUGCCACAUCCUUCAUACCUCUGCCCUCUGUAGAAAAGGUUUUUGUGGUAGAUGACAGCCUGGUCUGUGGCAGUCUUCCAACAAAUGAAAACUUCUUAAACAUGCAGAGAGGACUGGACCCCUUUUUAAUCUUAUUCUCGUCUGUCUUAAACAUUUAAACUAUUAAUAGCAUCAACACAGUGUAGGAGAGAUGUUGGAUUGUCAGAUAAAUUUGUUCAUUUUAAUUCCAACUGUUGUACUAAUUCCCUAGUGGAUCCUUGUGAAUGAAUCAUUCAAUUGAUCUUCACUGAAUUGAACAGGCUGGCUGAAAUGUAAGGGUAUCAGAAAGAUCACACCUCUGUACACAGCACAAAUACCUUGGGUGGUUUUGCAACCUUGAUUGAAAGUGAAAAUUUAUUUAAAUUUCAAAAUUGAUAAACAAAAGAUGUAGAGGAAGAACAGAGCUACAUAAAACACAAGAAAUAUUUUUUGUGUUUUUCAAAUAACUUUGGAAAGAAAUGAACAAAUUUAUCUGACAAUUAACUGUAUAUAUGGAGUUUGCAUUUGCUUGAGACUGAUUCCUUUUGAUGCUAGCCAAUUUCAUUCCCUACGAAAAGUAGAACUGUGGAAACUGAGUAGCACCAGAGUGGAUCUUGUCUUUAGUUUGUGUCAAUUGCCUUGUGUAAAUUAUUUAAAAAAAAAAAAUCGUUCUCUGUAAAAGGGGAGGCAAUUGAAUGCGCCUGCAGGUGUGUACAUAUAUACAUACAUAUACAUAUAUAUAUUCUAAAUAUGUGGGACCACUGUGGUGUAUUAGAAUUCUUAAUGGCUUUAGUAGAAAUAAUGAUGGGUAAAAAUUAGUUUCAGGCAUACUUAGUUCAUCUUGUCCAUCAAUUUGAACUUUUAGGGUUUUGCUGGGGUGGGUAGGGCUUCAUUUGAACCUAUUCACCCCUACAUGCAUGCACACAUAUACAGGCAAGCAUAGAUCUGCAGGAUUUGCUCUUUAAUAUUUCAAAAGCCAGUUAAGUUAGCUUUAGGAGAUUAUUAGGAUAGAUGUCUGUAGAUUGAUAUACUGAAUGCAUGUGCAAUGACCUUGACUGCUAACACCGAAGGUCAUAAAGAGGCUGCUUUAUGGUUUGUCUGAAAUUGUGGGCCUCAGAGCUUACUCUGAAGCCUACAUUCAUGUCGAUGUUCUCCAAAAUAAUUAUAGGCAAACACUAUAGAUAUAUUAGGUAAAUAUAUAUGUGCACACAUACUACUUAAAUGUUUGUGUGGUGACUGUAAAGAGUGGGUAUUGAUUUUAUCUUGUUUUCCACUUAACCAUCCAAUAAACGUCAAUACUAACAUGUGAAAGACUUAGUGACUCAAGAUGCAAAUAAUUUCAAAGAAGGUCCUGCUUUGUGUAAGUUUCUUACUUAACCAGAGUUUUCUGCAGGGGGUGGGUAGCAGUACUACCACAGUGCAUAUUUCCCAAGCACACUUUGUUUUAUUAACCCCCUAAAGUCUAGUCUUUUAAUCUUAACUGAUGUACACCCCUUGUGAGACACUUGGUGUGGUAGCUUAAUUGUAAUGGCUGUGGUUAGCAGGAUCACUAGAGUUGUGGUUUCAGUGAGGCCUCUUCACAUUUUGAUUUCAUACCACAUCAGGGUCAAAUUUGCCUUUUGUCUUUCUGAGGGGCGGUAAAAUAGGUACCGGUCUAUAUAUAUAUAUAUAUAUAUAAUGUGUAUAUAUAUAUAUAUAUAUCAGAUUUUAUUCCCUCUUUCAAUUUAAGGCUUUGUGUGAUCUGUCUUGGAAAUAAUAAUAAAGCUGACAGUAGAUAUAGAUAUGUUGACCCAGUGUCACUUGGCAUUAUUCCUUUCACUUUUUCCCCCUCCCCUGCUUCAUAUACAAUCCCCACCCCCCUUGAGAAAUCAUUUAAACCCAUUCCCUCCCACACCAGACUUGCCCCCCUGACCCCACUGUGUGGCGGCUGAGCAGUUGUAGUUUUCUACAUCCUGGAUGUGCUUUUUAAAAUUUUUUUUUUAUAGCUUUUAAAGAUUUUAAUCUGGAGUGUGAGCAUGAACAAGACACUCCACUCACUAAAGUGUGAGGUGAGAUGGUUUUUUUUUCUUUUUUUUUAUGAAUUUUAAAAAUGGCCCUGAAAUUUUGUCUGUUGCAUUUUUCCAGAAAAGGGGUCGCCAGAGGAAGAAGCUGGAUUGUGUUUAGAUGAAGCUUUUCAAUCUUAACUGUUGAUGUUCCUGGAGGGGGGCCCUUCCCGGGCUGCUCCUGGUUGUUUUUAAGUUUUUCAUGCAUGCAUGUAUAUUGAAUUAUAUGCAUGUGUUGCAUAUUUUUUCUUUUCUUUUCUUUUUAAAUGUGUUUAACGGUGGAGAGAGAGAGAGAGAGAAAGAGAUGGGAGAGAGAUAGAGGCGGAGGUGUAGGGGUCGUGAUAGGUGGGGUGGAAGAGAUAAAGAUGGGGGCAUAGGGAGUAGUCGGGGAGUAAGAGGUAGAGGGGAGAUAAGGAAAUUUUAGUUGACAAAUUAAAAUUUUUUUUUUUUUGAGGUGAACAACGUCGUUAAAAAUCCUCUCCCUCAGUACUUGAGGGGGUGGGUGAGGAUUUUGGUGGAGGCCCUGGUGCAUGAAUGUGGCACCAUGUGGGUGAAUGAGUUUUUUGGUAGAGAGGCCCAGGUGCACUGAUGUGGCAUCUUGGGGUGGGGGAGAUUGUAUCCGUGUCGCAGCUAACAGUAUGGUGGAGUAGGGAGUUGUAGAUACAGUGGGGACUGUCGUGUGCCGUUCCUCGACGACAGCAGCACCAAAGACGAUGAAGAGGAAGGAAGAGGUUAAUGAGAGGGAGGGGAGAAAACUAGAAGGGAGUAAGUUUUGAAAUGAAGAUGAGUUGAGAUAAGAUGAAGAAUUUAAAUCACUGAAUAACGAAGAAAUGGAGGUAAUGAGACAGAGGGGAGAAAACUAGCAAGAGGGAAUAGUUUGAGAUGAAGAUGAAGACAACAUACCAUACAAAGAGGAUUUUUAAAAAAAAUAACUAAACCAAAGGAAUAUAUAUGAUAUUUUCCACCACAGUUUUCUAGUGGUGGGAUGUAUUUUUAUAGGCAGCAAAGAAGGAAGAUGAGAGAGAGAGAGAGAUGGAGAAGAGAGGAGAUUUGUAUAUAAAUCAGCUUUAAGUAUCGUCGCUCUCGUUGAUCAAAUUUAUCUGACAAUUCAUCAGACUAGUGCCUUGUGCAGUUUUUCAAGAGUUCCUAAAUUCGGUUUGAGAAGCGUCUCGGUAUUGCCAUCAUAGCAGCACCACCACCACUACCCCCAGUCCAUUUUGUGAGUCUUAUUGAUAAGUCUUUUGAACAAGUUUUUUUUUUCUAUAUCUCCCUUUUUAUACAUAUCUGUUUAGAUGUCUACAGAUAAAUGUAUAAUUGUAUAUAGCCUUUCUUAGCAGUGAAGGGUGUCAUUAGGUAGGGGUGUACCGGGCAGUGAGCUAGGCUGUCUUUGUAUCCACAGUAACAUAAAGAUGAGGUUUGCUGUCACCAUGCUAGAUUUUUGUGUAGGGUAGCUCUAGUGAGUUGAGGAGUACUUUGGUCUCAUAGAAAUGAUGUUCUAGCUGUGUUCUACAUGAUUUUUCCAUAAACAGGUGGCAGUUUAGUUGAAUAGAAUGGGGUAUCUGUUAUUAUGCUGGGGUGGCUCUCUAGCCUGUUGUAUGAAUGUAGAGCAUAUAAGGUUUCUUGCACCAAAACCGUUAAUAUUGUCAACUGUACUGACACUAAUAUCUCGAGCCACUUUUCAAAUAGUAAUCUGGCACCAAAUUUGUAGCAAUUUUGCAGUUUUUACUUAAGAAUCUUCAUCAGUUACACACUUUCUUAAACCUUCAGUCAUACAAUGGAGGUGGUGGGAGGGUCAUCUCUGUUAAAGUUCUAAGAAUUCGUUUGUUUUUAUUUUGGAUGUCUUAACAGCUUCCAUUUAAAUCUAGCUUUAAAAACUAACAUCAAUGUUGCAUAUAUUGAUCUGACCACAUGUAUGUACAUGUGUACGCCCCUAAGAGUUACGAGUGCUUUAGGUGCAAUGAAGUAUUUGCCAUCUUAUGAUGGUGGCAUCAGGUAGGUUUUAUGAAACAGGGAUGAUAAUUUGGGGCCCCAGGUAAAUGUAUGUGGUGAGACACACCCUUGCUGUGCUGUGCCGGUUGUUUGGCUUUAGGGUUCUUAAUUUUUUUUUUAUCUGUUUUCUGUCCUGUAAGUUGUUAGGAAGACGAAGGAGACAUGGAUUUUUUUCUUUCUUUUUUUCCCCUUUUUAGCUUAGCUGUUUUCUGUUUUGUGUUGACUCUAUACCUACCUACACAUAAUCUCCAUAAAUAUCUUCAUUGAUUUCCCCAUAGAAAAAGGGUCGGUUUAGGAUUUCAUAACUCCCACAAUAUCUCGAUCCUGUGUGUGAGGAUUUUUUUCAAGUUGUAUGUUACUGUUUACUUUUCUUUCUUUUUUUUUUCUGUUCAUUUGUCUUGUUGAAAAUUUUUUCUUAAAUUAAAAAAAAGGGUGCAGGAUUUGUACCUAAAUAGAAUAUUAGGGUUUUUUUUUCAAGCAAGCUAUAAGCACAUGUAGUUUUUGAUUUUUAUUAUUUUCCUUCUUCCAAUAUCCACCAUCUGUCUAUUCCAAAAAAAAGCAAAAAAGCAAAAAGCUCUUUUAUUGUUUUAAGGGCGGUAGAUUGCCAGAAUUGAUAGAGCAUCAAACGAAGUGCCUUGUGGUAUUUGGUUACAUCCCUUUACGUUCUGAGUUUGAAAAUCCCGCCAGGGUUGACUUUGCCUUUCAUCCUUUCCAGGGAGGGGUCGAUAAAAUAAAGUACCAGACAGUACUGGGGUCGAUGAGUCAUCGGCUAUUCCAUCCGCCCCAUCCCAUGUUUUAAUUUUGUCCUGUUCCCCCUACUUCCCCAUCAAGUGUUGAUAUUAGAGCACACCCUUAUAUUCUCCCCCCCCUCCUUUUAUUAGCCUUAAACAACAAUGUUGCAUGGAUCACUAAUAAAAUAUCAUUAUUGUUCCCCUUUAUCCAAAUCCCCUCCCCACUUUUUUUAAACUCACAUUUUAGCUAUUUCUCUUGUAUUUUUUGUCUCCUGAAUGUUGCAGAGGGCACUGGCGAAUGUUUUUGUAAUAAAUUUGGAUUCCCUAAUUUCA